GGCGACGUCACAGUGGUGGUUUUUGUCAAUACCUCGCUGUGUUUUGCGCUCUCCACAGUAAGCUCGAUCGUUGUUGUGCGCUGCUCACUGAAGUGAGUGUCAGCAGAGCCGCUCGGAGGCUAUAAAAGAAGCAGCUCGACGACGUUUGUUAGCAUUUACUGCAUUGACGUUGAGUUAAACAGACACGCGCAAAUUGGAAACUCCGUUUGGAUUACGAGCGUUUGGCGAAUUUGGGAAGAAAACAAAGAAAUUAUCAAAUUAUCGGACGAUAUCAAACUGUUUAAAUAUAAAACAACAACUGAUCUCAAAGCAAUGGUACUCGAGAUGGAGAUGUCUAAAACCUAUCAAUACCGUAAAGUGAUGAAACCGAUGUUGGAGCGCAAGCGCCGCGCACGCAUCAACAAGUGUUUGGAUGAGCUGAAGGACAUAAUGGUCGAGUGUCUAACACAAGAGGGCGAGCACAUCACGCGCCUCGAAAAAGCCGACAUAUUGGAACUGACUGUGGAACAUAUGAAAAAAUUACGCGCACAAAAACAAUUGCGCUUGGGCGGUGUUGGUGCUGGCACAGGCGCAGUGCAAGAUCCCAAACUGACGAUAGCGGAAAGCUUCCGUGCAGGCUAUGUGCAUGCCGCAAAUGAGGUAUCUAAGACACUAGCCGCGCUACCAGGUGUCAACGUGGACUUGGGUACGCAACUAAUGAGUCAACUGGGUCAUCGUUUGAACUAUUUGCAAGUGGUAGUGCCGAGUGUACCAUUGGCCGGUGGAAUGUCACAACCGCAGCCUUUCAUGCCGACCACAGUAAUGCCAUCAACAACAGUAACAGCAGCAGCUCAUCAGUACUACAGCUUGAGUGGCAGUGAACGUAGUGCGAGCAGUAGUCCAAUUGUAAUUACACCACCACCCUCAGAGUGCGGUAGCAGUGAAAGUGGCAGUUGCAGUCCGGCGCCGAGUGAAUCAUCAUUUGGUGGUGCUGUGUGGCGUCCUUGGUGAAUGAAUGAACAGUGUGUGUGCGGUAAAAGCGCACAGAGUGAUCUACCCAAAAUGAGGAUCGCUUAUGGGAUUUGAAUUUUACGAAAGCUCUAAAGCUUUCGUGCGGCGCAACAGGUGAAAACACCGAAUAAGUUGAUGAAAACUGUUCGUUUAGUAGGCAGUACUCCAGUGCGUAUGCGGACAGAAUGCGCGUCUCGCUUUUGGUGGCAAGAAUGAGAUUUUCGCUCGGCGUUACGAAGCCACUACAAGCUGGCGCUGAGUAAAGACUUAAUGGGAACGACCUGAAGCACUUUUAUGGAAAGAAAAAUUUUAAAUAAUGAAAAAUGUAAUAAAUUAUAUUUAAACUCAAAUUUUCUCUAAGAAAAGCUUUUGUAAACACAGGAAAGCAUAAAUUAAUGUAUUUUGUAAAAAUAUUGAAAAAA